AAGGCAUCUUUUUCUUGCGGCUGCUUUUUAAUUUCCUGCUUUCUCUAAGGAAGCCUGUGGGCUGUCAUCCCAGAAUGUCCCCUCAGCCAGGGACAGUGGCUUGACUGUCCACUCUCCACUCCCACAGGCGAGCUUCUCUCUUUGGAGCCAGCCCCAGGCGGCUGCUGUCCAGCAGGAUGGGCCCCGCCAAGCCAAGCGCUCCUUCUCCACAAUGGGAAGCAGAUUGCCCAUUAGAAGGCAGAUCUUUAUUUCAAAAGGUUGAAUAGGCUGCAACUUAAAAAGGGUUUCCAGCUGGCUAAAUUUAGGGCAAGGGACAAGGUCCAACCCGAGGAAGCUUGCUGGCCCUGUGCCGGCCGCGACAGCCUCUUGAUGGGGAGCGGAUGUGCUCCGCCUCAGCGCCUGCCUCUUGCGAGGGUGCCGUCUCCAAGGUGGUGGCACUGUGGCAAGCGGGCCUCUGCAGAAGGUCCAGACCAGGCCAGCUCGGAAGCGCAGCCAGGAGCCGGGCCCUUGACAACCCGGACCGGAAGGAAAGCACGCAGCACGCAGCACGCAGCCCCCGCCCGUGUGCGCGCCUGUGCGUGCUCAGCUACGGGGCUGCUGCUGAGGCCUGGAGAAGCGCCGCGGGGCAGCCACCUCCUCCCUGGGCCCGCUCCCCUGUCCCGUUCCUGGGUGGGAAACAGCAGCUCCUCCCCCUCCCGUCUCAGCGCCUGGCCCACCACAGACUUCGCGGCGCGUGUGGAGCUCCGCAGGACGCAGCAUGGGAGCUGCACCCAGACCCCACUCAAGUCCAGCCUGUCCGAACAGCAGGUCCAUCCCCUCACACUGCUGGGUUUCACUCUUUCCGGGAAGUCUGCAUUUUUAGAGAUGCUUGGAGACACUGCUGCACUGGACAAGAAGAUCGUCAGUACUCCGCGGCAAAGUCACGUGCGGGGUCUGUUCUCCUCUGGCUGCUACAGGAGCAGAGAAGCAGAAGGUGACCUCUGACCUUUGAGCAAGGAAAGCAGCACGUGCCCAUCCCACUUCCAGGCAGCGCUCAGGUGAAACUCAUAUCACAUUACACCCUGGCUGUCCGAGGCCUGCAGCCUCUGGUCCUGGCCUGGUGACUUUCCAGGAUCCCGAGGAGCGACUUCCGGCUGAGCCCUGUGCUUCUAUGGCCAUUCCCUGUGCUGCCCUGGCUCCCUGGGGUCACCUCCCUAGGCAGAAAGCGCCCGGUUGGCCGUGAAAGGAGGAAGAGUGAGCCGAUGCGACCCCACCACUGGGACAGUGUGGCUGUGACACAGCAGCAGAGGAAGGACCCGGACACACCCGCAGGAAGGACAGACGACAUAGAUGACCCUCGUGCUCCGUCGUCCUGCAGAGCUGAUGGGGAGGGGUGGGAGAGGGCGUGAGUUCCUCUGGGGGAGGCGGACGUUUUGGAGGUAGACAGGCGGAGAUUGCGCACCAUCCUGAACUCGCUAAACGUCCCCGAGGGUUCACUUUGAAAUGGUUCAGCCUGCGAUAUGUGUGUUUCAUUUCAAUUGGAGACAGCCCAGCGUUCCUGUCUGGCGGCUGGGAGCUGAGACCUGAGUUCCCCCCUCCCUUUUCCUGAGCUGCCCACAGCCAUGCCUAAGGAGACCGGGAGGACCCGGGUGACUGCGCCUUCCCCACCUUUCUGCCCUUGCUGGCUCCGGACCUGGUGUUGAGACGGCUUCCUCUGCUGCACGUUCUGUCCUGUAGCCCCGAGCCAGCGGGCCCACGCCCGCAGCAGGCCACUGCCCUUCUCUCCCGACUGCGGUGGCCACCUGUGCUCUGGAACAGGGUUCCUGCCAGCUACAGAAAACCGGUACCAACGCAGCUUUACCCGUCACCCGUGCCUGGUGUCUGGGCUCCCACCUGGGCCCUCGCCAGCCUCCAGGGGCACCAGCCAGGUAGGGUGUAUGGAGGACACAUCCAGGGAGAGGCAGGACAGACAGAUUCCUAGAGAGGGCGAGAAGGUGGAGGAGAAGAGAGAGAAGAGAGAGGAGGCACUGCCCACACGAGGCCCCGGGCGCGGACGGUCUCCCAACUCUCCCUCUUAGGAGCCUUGAGUGUGCGUCCUUCCCUUUUAUGGCAGCGUGUUCUGGGCCUGACAAAGCCUCGAGUGCAGCAGGUCCCUCACUGCCUGGGUUGGUGCCCAAGGCCCAGGCGCUCCUCAUCGACUUCGGGAAAGACUGUUCUUACCUCGGAAGGCAUUCUGCUCCUGUGGUCUCGGCGAUCUCUGCCCAGGGCCUGCCCCUGUGUCCUGGGGGAGUCUCGGCCCACAGCCUUCUUCCUGAGAGCUGAGGAUGGCCUUAAAAAGCAGGAUCACGGCGUGCUCUUGGCCGGCACUCAUCGGGAGCCUUGCUAUGGCCCUGCGUGCAGAACUGUCGGGUGCACCUCUGGGGUCCAGCCUGAGCGUGUGUGGCUCGGACCUUGUCGUGUGCUGAGGGUGUGAGGGCAGGGAGGAGCUUGGAGGUUUAAAGAUCCCCUGCUACCUGCCUCCUGGGUGCAGGACCGGCCCCUUCUGAGCCUCCCAUUUGUGACGUGGUUGUCUCCUCCUCAUCCCUUCACUCCCCUCAAUUCUUCUUUCUCUGUCCAAGAGCGCUGAAGAGCCGCUGAAGGAUGCUGAGCUGGAAGUAAACUGCGUGCCCAGUGAUAUAAUUUUAACAGUCGCGAUAUCACGCUCAGACCUGUCCUUUGAAGAGACUACCUUCAGAGGGGCAUGGUUGUGUACCUGCAAUCCCAGCACUCUAGGAGGCUGAGGCAGGAGGACUGCAAGUUAGAGCCCAGUCUGGACAACUUUGAAAUUCACCAAGACCCUGGCUCAAAACAACAAGAAGAACAACAGUGACAGCAAAAUGCCCUUCGUCUGCUUUACUGGGAGAGGGCAGAGGGAGGGGACAGGUGAAGC